UAAGCUGUUGAAUGGGGGGUGGUGGCAAACGGUGAGUGUGAAGUGUUAUGUGUGACAGCAUUCCUCUUCCUCUGAGCUGCUGGAGAAGGUGAAGAAGAACAGGAGAAGGAACUCAAGCUCCCAACAACUGGAGUAGUGAGUCACUUCCAGCAGCAAUCACUGCAGCUGCUGGAUCAUUUAACGUUUAAGGAGUCCAACAUUCAGUCGUUUCUGCAGAGGAACCAGACGUCAGGAAGUCCAGGUUGUGGUGAGGGAUGAGGAUGUGGGUGGAGACAGACUGACAGGACAAUGUUAAAAAACUGAGACAAGUUUCCCUCAGGACAAACAUUUCCUCAUCUGAAACUGUGAAACAAAAUGGCCGCUGUCACCGUGUGGUCGUGGCUGCUCGCCUUGAUGGCGGUGGCGGCCGUCUGUGACUGGACGUUAGUUGUGGUAAACUCGGGUGUGCAGGUCACCAGGGGGCGCUCAGUGUUCGUCACACAGAAGCACCUGAAGAUCAACGUGGAGCCGACAGCGGACUGUAAAGUGGAGGUGGUGAUGAACGAGCCGGUCACGCAGAGAGUGGGGAGGCUGACACCUCAGGUGUUCGACUGCAGUUUCCUUGAGGACGAAGUCAAAUAUGUCCACAGUGGCAGUCCACUGCUGGACGAGGACACUGUGAUGCUCAGAGUCUACAGGUUCACGUCUUCAGAAACACUGGUGGAGACGGUGGUUCUGCCCGUGCGGGUGCUGGACUCAGGUCCUGGUGUGGUGGAGCUGGGCAGUGUUCCUCUGGUGGUUCCUCAGUUCUACGCUCUAUCCAACGCCAUCGACGGCUCCGUGCUCCGCAUCGCGACUUCAGACGACGUGGUCUGCACAGUCAGACUCUUGACCGCCGACGCCAACGUUCCUGCUCUGGGUCAACUGGUGAGGGAGGAGGAGGACGCUGUGCUGAGGAAAGGCAGAGAGACAGCGGCGCUCUGUCCUGGAAACAAACCCUGUCCUCAUGACACCAAGGAAGUCCGUUUCCUCAAAACCAGCUGCCAGGACUUCCUGAGCUCAGGUCUGAAGUACCAGCACCUCAGCCCUCCAUCCCCGGAGAUCGACUACAUCCCCAUCAGGGUGGAGCUGAGGGAGCAGAACACCCGGACGCUGCUGGAAACAGAGGCGGUGUGGUUGCCCGUUUUGAUCCACGGCGCGAUGCAGAACCAGCCCCCCCACGCCGCCUUCAUGGCCUCCUUCAUCCUGGAGGUGGACCAGUUCAUCCUCACACCGCUCACCACCGCGGCGCUGGACGCCGAGGACCACGAGACCCCGCAGGAGAGGUUGGUUUUCAACAUCACCGUCCCGCCCCCCCAAGGCUACGUCACCCACCUGGACGACCACACCAAGCCCGUCAGGUCCUUCACCUGGGCGGACCUCCACGAGAUGAAGGUGGCCUACCAGCCGCCCAACAACAGCCAAUCACAGCGCAGGAACUAUGAGGUGGAGUUCCAGGCUAUAGACGGUUCUUAUAUGACCAGUCCACCCAUCCUGGUUCACAUCUCCAUCAGGACAACAGACACAAACGCGCCCAGAGUCUCCUGGAACAUGGUGUUUGCUUCUUGA